AUGCUCUGUUUUGAAGUAGCAAAUCGGCUUAGAAUAGACCUUUUUAAAAUAAAUAAACAUUACUCUAUAUGGACUCUACAAAUUAGUUUACUGCUCUUAUAACCAAAAUAUUCAAGGUAUUAUUAUUAUUAAAUAUGUUAGUAUGGACAUUUUUGCAUUUUUUACAAAAAGCUAAUUUUCAUUUUGUUUCUCCCAGGAAUCUGAGCUAACUUCCAAAUAACAAUUGUUUACUGGUUGGUUUCUUAAAUGUUGA